AUGCGCGAGCAGUACAUGCGCACGGGUGAGGGCUUUCUCCUUGUCUACAGCAUGACGAGCCGCAGCUCGUUCGAGGAGAUCUCAACGUACUACCACCAGAUCCUGCGCGUGAAGGACAGGGACCAUUUCCCCAUGGUCCUUGUCGCCAACAAGUGCGAUCUAGAACAGGAGCGUGAAAUCACCACAGCGGAGGGCUACGCUUUCGCCAGGGAUAUUGGAUGCCCAUUCGUCGAGACAUCGGCGAAGCAGCGCGUUAAUGUGGACGAGGCUUUCAACGACUUGGUUCGUGAGAUUCGGAGGUUCAACAAGGACUUGAACCUCGGCGCCGGCGGUGUCUCUGGCUAUCAGGCCAAACCGACCAACGACGCGGUGGGCAAGGGCUGCAAGUGCAUCGUGAUGUGA